ACUGUGCCUGGCCGCAUACAUCAUUGUACAACGAUAGAGUGUUAAGCAUAGAGUGUUAAGCGGUGGGGGCUCUCUAUCAUAUUCCUGCUGUGUACAUGUAUAUAUAAGUGUCUACCUGGGGGACAAAAACAUAUAUGUACGUGGUAUACACCAAGUAACGUCUGCUCCGACCACAGGCCUAAACAUGGAAUCGCCGUAACAGUAUAGGAUGGAGUAGGGAUUUUAACUUGUCCUUUUGUAAACAAAAUUGAUUAUGUGCUUUUAACCAUUGUCUUCUCAAAGACUUCCAGGAUGGCGUCAUCGGACACCAGUAUUUGCCAUUGGCACACAGUGUUUUCACGGGGAUUUUUGGUUGUGAUUUUCUUUAUUUUAUUCCCCAAAACAUCAGGUCAUUUGGACAAAGACCUGCGACUGCUGUCCAAAUUUCUACCAGGACUUUAUAGCAAUAAACAGCAAUAUCUGGAAGAUGUAAAAAAUAAUCUGUCAAUAGACCAGAGACAUUUAUCCAUGCAGUUCAUCUUCCGUCCCGUUCAAAUUCAUUUUCUUCCCAAUUCAUUCAAUGUUUAUGUGGAGCAGUAUAUCAACUACGAUCGGGCCCCUUUUAAACAGUGGCUGUACAGUUUACGAACCGACUAUAAAGGUAUGAUGAUUGAUAUGAAAAUCUACAACUUUAAUUCCGAGGAAGUGAAAACAAUGUUGAAGACUGAUUUUACAACGAUAAAACAACUGGACGUGUCGGACUUAAACUCGAGCGCCGAGUGUAACAUGCUUUGGCGUAGACUUGGGUCCAAGAAGUUCAUAGGCACCACUAGGCGCCAAUGUCUAGCGAACAUAAAUGGCGAGCAGGUGCGGAUCGCGAUGUCUGCGACCCUGACACAAGCCUCGCUCCAGUGGCACGAGGGAUGGUACCGGGUACAGGAUGGGAGCGAGGUUGUCAAGACUGUUAGUCCUUAUGACAUGUUAAAGAUAAAGAAGAUUAAAGGCGAGAGGUACGUUCCGUCUAGUGAUGCAGAGGAUGAAGAGGCAAGGAAGGCCGCGCACACGGGGGUCAAGGUCGGUCAGAGGUGGGCCAACAGUAGCAGCUCUAUUCCUGUUAAGCCCAACACGAGGCACAAGAGCGGUAACGUCAUGAAUGAUCGAAUAGCCGUUCCUAGAAAACACCGCUCGUGGAAGUUACACAACUUUGAAGGUGUCAUGUCGGCCUUGAUGGAAGGUAGGAAGGUGCACUAUGCCGCAGACAUUCGGAAGUGCAGCCUGGUAGGGCGAAAUGAUAUGGACCGUACAUCAUUCGGGGACUUCAUCAAUGUGUUUGAAAUUCAUAGGAGUAACGGUAACAAUGGCAAGAACAGCAUCAAGUUCUCCAGCUCCCAGAAGGUUAAACAUGGUAAUGAGUUUGUGGAACUGCUCAGAGACGUGACGUUGUAUUCGGAUGGUACCACUGUGAUUGAUCUCUAUACUGUCGACCCAGAUACAAACGAGAUCAUCCAGCAAACUAUCGCUGUCUGCUGGCUUUACACCCCCAAAACCAGGAAAGGUGACGUUCGGUUUACCCUUGACCCCAGACUCAAGGUUCGUGUGGAAACGUCCUUCAAGUCACUCAAGUACUCCCUUCAGAAGGGCCGGAACAUCCGAAUGGUGGCCGAUCUGUCCAACUGUGCCGGAUCGGAAGACAGACAGACAAUUAUUGGAGGCGAACUUAAAGGCUAUGACAUAUUCGAACACCAAAAAGAAAUAGGCGUGGCCCUGGAGAGGACCAUAACUAACACCCAAUCGGAGAACGUCAUAUCAUACCGCCAUUUUGACGUGCGAAUCACCCCAAACAGUCGCGCAUCAAUGACCGUCACAGACCGUGGUAUCACCAAGAAUAUUUUCAACCAAUAUGGCGGCAAGGAAACCACACACAGAUGCACCGUUAGUAGAUCCAAAGACAACUUUUCUCUCAUUCUGUUUCGCGCGUGAAUCCACUCUUCUCUCAUUGUUUUGUGUGUUUAUUCGCAUCCAGUCUCAUUUUGGACAAACAAGUCACUCUACGAUUGUCUCCACUAGGUGUCGCCUUCUUGUGAACCCAACGCCAUCUAGUGGAUGAACUUUAUACAUUAUAUAUGUAUUGGGACAUACAGGUAUUCAUCGCUAUUGUGUCGUUUUGAUCUCGUUUGGGGGAAAUCUCGCCUGUUUCUAUGUGACCAGCGAGAUUUUGCCUGAACUAGAUUUCGAUUCACCCAGGUUGUUAUUUUGUGUUGUUUUUUUUACCUUUUGAAAUGAUGUCUCUUUUCGUGUUUUUGGGCUGUAUAUAUAUUUCCUUGUACAUAUUUAUUUAUUUAAAUCGAUUUAUGCUCUUUUUAUUGUACAUUUUACAAAUAAACAUUUUUAAAAACUUAA